UAACGCUCUCUAUCUCACUUUUUCUCUCCCUACCUCUCAUUCUCUCUGUUACAGGUGGCAUACAGCCAUUCACAUAGCACCACUCCCCACUGGUCUUAACAGGGGCUCCAUGACAUAGAAUUGAAAACAUCAUAAUAAGAAAAGAGAUUUGCGGUCUUUCAAAAGAGCUCCGACCCCAGCUAAUCUUACCUGAUCUGACAUUCCAAGACAGGAAAAAUGAGUUUUGAUGAGGUCCUGGACCGGAUCGGUGGGUUUGGACGCUUCCAGAAGACACUUUAUGUGUGGAUCUGCCUACCGCAAAUCUUCCUGGCCUUCCACAUGUUGGUGUCCGUUUUCACUGGUGCUGUGCCACCUCACCUGUGCAGAUCCUCCCAGCCAGUGGGUGAUCCCCGCUUGCUGGGCCUUAACAACAGCAAUGCUUCUUGGGAGACCUGCUCAUCCUUACAGAAUGUUCAACUGUACCAGCUCAAUCACAGUGACCUCAGCUUACCAAUAAGUGAACACUCAACAACCUCAAAGAGCUGCAAGGGAGGGUGGGAGUUCAGCAAGGAUGUCUUUCUUAGCACUGUUGUCACAGAGUGGGAUCUUGUGUGUGAAAAUGCCACGUUAAACAACAUUGGAUCUUCUAUCUAUAUGUUUGGACUGCUGGUUGGAGCUGUGCUAUUUGGUGCCCUUGCUGAUAAGUACGGCCGCAGAACAAUCAUACUGAUUGGUUUAGCAGCACAGGUCAUUUUUGGAGUGGGUGCAGCUUUCGCUCCAAACUUCUAUAUCUAUGUCAUGCUUCGCUUUGUGGUGGGCAUGACUGUGUCUGCAGUGAUCAUGAAUGCAUUUGUGUUGGGUACUGAGUGGACAGGCCCCAAACAACGCAUGCUGGCAGGUGUCAUCACAGAUUACUUUUUUGGAUUUGGAUACAUUUUGUUGGCUGGAGUGGCAUACUUGAUUCCAGACUGGCGUAAACUGCAGCUGGCCAUCUCUGCCCCUGGCUUCCUUUUCCUGUUUUACAUCUGGGUUCUUCCUGAAUCUGCUCGUUGGCUGAUGGCCAAUCAGAAGCAUGAGGAAGCGCUGGAUCUGAUUCGUAAGGCAGCACUUAUUAACGGCAAACCUUUGGACGACGAUGACAUUGAACUUUUCCAGAGCCUAAAAAAUGUAGAGAAACUGGAGGACCAGCGAAAGUACACAGUCAUCGAUCUGGUGCGAACCCCCACAAUGAGGAAACAGUCUCUCAUUCUCUUCUACCUGUGGUUUGUAAAUGUCCUGGUGUAUUAUGGGCUCUCGCUCAAUAUUUCAGACUUUGGUAUGAAUAUCUACCUGACGCAGAUGAUCUUCGGUUUAGUAGAGAUGCCAGCACGGACCGUUACCCUUUUUACUCUAAACCGCUCUCGCAGGAUAUCCCAGCUAGCAUUCUUGGCAACAGGUGGCCUGGCCUGCCUUCUCACCACAUUCAUACCGGAUGAUCUGUCGGCUGUUCGUACUGCUCUUGCCAUGGUGGGCAAAUUUGGCAUCACUGCCUCAUUGUCGAUUGUGUACAUCUACUCAGCAGAGGUCUUUCCAACAGUCAUCAGACAAAACGGAAUAGGUAUGGGAUCAAUGUGCGCUCGGGCAGGUGGAGUGAUUGCGCCUGUCAUCUACCUCUUGAGGGACAGCAGCCAUCAUGCCCCUAUGGUGGUGUUUGGCCUGUGCACUCUGAUAGGUGCUGUCCUCACCAUGUUUUUGCCUGAGACAGCCCAUAAGCCCCUGCCAGACACAAUAGAGGAUGUAGAGCGCACUGAUGACAGUGAAGCGUGAUUCAAGCAGAAAUCCAUCAUCCACAUCUCAACAACUAGUCUACAUUAGACUGUCUCCAACAGCCAUCUCAGAAGCAUAGAUUUAUUUAUCUGUCAUAUCUUUCUUUCUCAGAAGUACUUGAAUAUAGUCAGGAAAAUAUCCAAUCAGAUCCAGCGGCAAUAGAACAGGGCUAUACAGUUCUAAGAAGUAUUACCCACAUUACACAUUAGCCAUAAAGACCAAUUUUUGGGUUUUUGCAAUUCAAUUUACAUUUCUAUCAUUUAUCAUUUUUCUUGUCCUCAUUCAAAGCAAAAUAAACAGUAGCUUUUUUUCAUGUUGUUUAAUAUUUCAUGAGUCUUGCCAUCUAGUCCUGCUAAGUUUUUUUUCCAAAAACAUUUAAGCAUUAAAAAAAGCCUCAUACCCAUUUAGCAAUACACAUUUUACAGAGGUUAAUGGUUACAGUUUAAUGUUCAUGUUCUAUUUAUAUAAAGGGGAUUAUUACAACAAAAUGCAAGGGUUUCAGAUUUUCAAUGUAAAUCCCAUCUUCUAUUCUGCCAAAGGGAUAAUCACAUCAAUGGUUAAUAUUACUUUGUGUUUUGU